AAUGCUUCUACACCGCUCCACACAUCGUCUUGGACUGCUUUUUCAUCGAAAUCCACUAUUUUCCGGCACAAUAAAUCGAUUUUCAACAGUUCUACCGCAUAUUUUGAGUGCUCGCAGAUUUCCACAAAGGAGGCCCGCUCGCCCGAAGGAAGAAAGUUCAGAAGCAGAGAAAAGUCCACCAAAACGCUGGGAAUUCGAGAUAAGCUGGAGCUCCAAAGGCCACCGAGAAACAAAAUCCGACGCAAAAUCAGCGUCAGAAGGCAAUGAAAACGGCGGGGGAAAUAAGGGCGAUAAUGACCCUCGCAAGCAAUUAAUGGAAAAAAUGAAGAGAUGGCUUGCAAUUUCACUUUUUGCCUACGGAAUUCUAUUUAUUUUAUCUCCAAAAGGAGCCGCUGCUGUCACAGCUGAUAAAAUUUCAUGGAGUGAAUUUAUAAAUGAGCUAUUGCCAACUGGACAAGUUUAUCGAAUUAUUAUUCUACCGGAAAAGGAUGUCGCAUAUCUUUAUUGCUAUGAUACUGGAGCUAAGAAUUCGAGAGGUGAAAAGCUGGCGAGCAUGUACAGAGUCGGUAUUCCUUCCGUCGCAAGAUUCGAAACAGAAGUUAGAGCUGCUGAAGCUGCUCUCGGGCUUCCGCCAGAGCAUUGGACACAAAUUGAGUACAGAAGAAGUGAAAAUGUAGCUCAAUGGUUCACAAUAAUCGUGUUGGGUGGUCUGCUUCUGGGUGGUUUUGUGCUUUUCAGAAAGUUUAAAGGAUCAUUCAAUAUGAGUGAUAUGAUGUCAAAUAUGACAAAAGGAAAAUUCACAAUUAUCGAUCCACACAGUGUUGAAGGCAAAAAACAGCUGAAAAUUAAGUUUAAAGAUGUGGCGGGAUGUAGUGAGGCGAAAGUGGAAAUUCGAGAAUUUGUCGAUUAUUUGAAGAAUCCCGGACGAUUUACGAAACUCGGAGCCAAACUACCACGUGGCGCUUUGCUCACCGGACCGCCCGGAUGUGGUAAAACUCUACUGGCAAAAGCUCUGGCCGCUGAAUCUACAGUACCGUUUAUCUCAAUGAAUGGAUCCGAAUUCGUAGAGGUUAUCGGUGGACUUGGUGCAUCGCGAAUUCGUGGAUUAUUUAAAGAAGCACGUUCCAGGGCUCCGUGUAUCAUUUAUAUUGAUGAAAUUGAUGCAAUCGGACGGAAAAGGAGUGAAGGAGCUGGAGCUGGCGGCGGUUUUGGAGGUGGCUCCGGUGAAGAAGAACAAACACUCAAUCAGUUGCUCGUCGAAAUGGACGGAAUGGGCUCGGGGAACGGAGUUGUUGUGCUCGCUUCCACAAAUCGAGCCGAUGUCCUUGAUAAGGCUCUCCUGAGACCCGGACGCUUCGAUCGACACAUUUCAAUCGAUUUACCGACGGUUUUGGAGCGAAAAGACAUGUUCGAGUUGUAUAUGAGAAAGAUUAAGCUUGAUCAUGCUCCGCAGGAGUAUUCUCAACGUCUGGCAGCUCUGACACCCGGCUUCACAGGUGCCGACAUUAUGAACGUAUGCAACGAAUCGGCAAUCCGCGCGGCGUCCAAUAAAUGUCACGUGGUCACUCAUAAAGAUAUGGAAUACGCGUUGGAUCGAGUUUUGGCGGGCUCCGAGAAGCGGAGUAGAUCACUUGUUGAAGAAGAACGAGAAGUCGUCGCAUAUCAUGAAGCUGGGCAUGCGCUGGUUGGAUGGAUGUUGGAGCAUACUGAUGCUCUGUUGAAGGUAACAAUCAUCCCCCGAACGUCUGCAGCUCUCGGAUUUGCUCAAUAUUCUCCACGUGACAAACAUCUCUUCUCAAAAGAUGAGCUUUUCGAUCGAAUGUGCAUGAUGCUCGGUGGCCGAUGUGCUGAGAACCUGAAAUUCGGCCGAGCCACGUCAGGAGCACAAGAUGACCUGCAAAAAGUGACAAAAUCGGCGUAUGCUCAAGUGAAGCUGUAUGGAAUGAGCUCAAUUGUUGGGCCGCUAUCGUUUCCGAAUACUGAAGGAUUUCAAAUUAAACCGUAUUCGAAAAAAUUCGCGUCGACUUUUGAUCAAGAAGCCACGCUGAUUGUGGCAAAAGCCAACGAGGCGACAACUGAUUUGAUCAAAAAUAAUAUGGAUAAACUUGAAACGAUCGCCCAGGCACUGCUGAAACGUGAAGUGCUCAACUAUGAAGAUGUCAAGAAACUCAUCGGAACACCCAAAUUCGGCGACAAACACGUCAUUGAUAUGGUGGAGAAUGUGCUCCCGAAGGAGGAUAAUUAAUUUUUGCUCAAUGUUUUUUUUUUUUUUGGAAUAUCUGUAAUUUUCGACGGGUUGUAUUUCCCCCAUAUUUUCUCGAAUUUUUUUCUCUUGUUAUUAGGCAUUAGGCAUAUAAUAAAUCGAUUUUUUAAUUG